AUGAAUAUUGAUCUUCCUCACACAACAACUUCAGAAGCUUGUAAUUCUGUUACAGCUCAAUCGGAAGAACUUCAUGAAAUGCUCAACAUCUUGGUAGAUGGCAUUGAAACAUUGACCAGCGAUGAACAACGUCUAGCCAAUGAAUCACUUCAAAUACAUUUAACACUUGCAACACUCGCAGAAGAAUUAUCGAAUGUUAAGUUAUCGAUUGACGAAUCAAAUGGGUUUUUGGAAGGCGCCAAAUAUAAUCAAGACAUUCUUAAUCAAGCUUUAGUAUCAUUGGAAGAAAAAACUAACGAUUCCCUAUGUGCGUCAUAUGAUGGAACAUUUGUUUGGAAAAUUACCAACUUUCAAGAGAAAAUGAUCGAUGCACAAUCUGAAAGACAAACAUCAAUUUAUUCACCUCCAUUUUAUUCAUCUCCAAAUGGUUAUAAAAUGAGAGCUCGUCUUUAUUUAAAUGGUGAUGGAAAUGCUCGUCGUACACAUAUGUCGCUUUUUUUUGUACUGAUGAGAAGUUUGAAUGAUCCAAUUCUAAAAUUCCCAUUCAACUAUAAAGUCUCAUUCUGCUUGUACGAUCAAACGUCUUCACAACGACAUAUUAUUGAUUCAUUUCGACCAGAUAUUAAAUCAAGUAGUUUUCAACGACCUCGAUCGGAUAUGAAUAUAGCGAGUGGUAUACCAAAAUUUAUUCCAUUGGAAAUGAUUCAACAGGAAGAAAGUCCGUAUAUAAGAGAUGACACAAUGUUCAUCAAAAUUCUGGUUGAUUUUGGAGAAAUACAGAAAACAUUAUUGCCCUACGCUUUGAGUCUCAAUCCUGGUCUACCGAUGCAUAUUCAACAAACAAUGAUCAAGCAAGAAGCUGAACGAAGAAUACAAUUACAAUCUGACGAGCAACUAAAGAGACUUUAA